GUUAUUUAAAGAAAAUAUGGCGGAAGCGGGUGAAAUAAAAGGAAAGCAGGUUUUCUGUGAUGUUUGUGGAGUAACUUUGCCUUCAGCUUCGCUUCUCCAAACCCACAACAAUGGCAAAAAACAUCAAAGGUUACUGAAGUUAAAACAAGAGAGAGAAUCUUCUUCAAGGAGGAGUAUUUAUGUUCGAGGCUUUCAAAACUCAGGAUCCAUAGAAGAAGAUUUAGGAAAAUACUUUAGUGUGUAUGGAAAAGUCUCGAACAUAUUCUUGGAUAAAGAUAAGGGUGUUUUUGCAAUAGUGGAGUUUGACAGUGAAGAAAGUGUUACAAAAGUGCUGAGUCAACUACAGUCAUUACCACCUCUGCAUAAAAAACACUUAACAGUGAAAGAAAGGACUGCAGCUAAAACAAGCUAUCAAUUUAAAAUACAAAAACCCAAAAAGCGGGGUCAUGAUGACCCUGAGCAACACCAUCAUGGGCAUUUGGGAAGCAAAGAGAUGGCAAACUUUUUAUCUAAGGAUCUCAUUGUCAAACUGAAUUCAUUGAUGACAGUAGAUGAGCAAGUGAACCUUUUGAUGCAGCAAUUGUGUCUCACUGAUGAAGACAUCAAAUUAAGACGAUUAGUUUGUCAGCUGCUACAAGAGGUGUUGAGUGAAGUUUAUCCAGGAGCCUCUGUGGUGCCGUUUGGCUCAACUGUUAGUGGAGUGGGAUGGAAGGGAAGUGACUUGGAUCUGUGUUUACUGACGUCUGAAGUUGAUGAUGCUGUUGUUGAUUACUCUUUAGUUGUUGAUGCACUGCGUAGUUUUGCUCCCGGCUGCACAAACGUCAUACCAGUCUUGACUGCUAAAUGUCCUUUAAUUAAAUUCACACAUCUGCCCUCUGGAUUGUCAUGUGACCUAUCAGUAAACAACAGGCUUGGUGUAAGAAACUCAGAGCUCCUUCGCAGCUACAUAUCCCUUGAUCCCAGGAUUCCUCAGCUGGUGUUCAUAGUGAGAGCCUGGGCUAAAGCUCAAGCUAUAACAGCUAGUAGACAGCUGUCAAACUAUGCCUUGACUCUGAUGGUGCUGCACUUCUUGCAAAUGCAACAUCCACCGGUUAUCCCUUCACUACAAUGUAGAUUUGAUGCAUGGAUCAGAGAGCAGUCACAUUCAUUUGAUAUGAAAGAGCCUAAUUCAGAAGUUAUUGACAGCUGGAACUGUUCAUUUUUCACAGAUGUUGCCAAACUUUCCCCUUCACAGAAUACCAAAAGUCUGAUUCAGCUAUUGGAAGAGUUCUUUUGCUUCUUUUCAAUUGAAUUUGACUUUGCUAAUUGUGUGGUCAGCAUCAAGACAGGCGAAAAGACAAGUAUUGCAUCAGUGUUGGAAGAGUUAAAGGUUACACCAUGUACAGAAACUAAUGGCAACAUUUCAAUGAUCACAACUGAUAGUGAUCAAGUAUGUAAAACAAAGUCAACAAAGAAUGAUGAUAGUAAGGAUACUAAUAGGAUGACAAAAGAAACCAUUAAGCAGCAGAACGCAAUGCCAAAUUCAGUCUCGGAAUGUGCUCACACCAGUCCAAGGUUUGGGAAACGACUAGAGUUUAAGAUUGCCCCUUUGUGUGUCCAGGAUCCCUUUGAGCUUGUGCAUAACUUGACACAGAACAUUACCAUGGAAACACUGAAAAACAUGAUUGAAUUAAUGAAGAUGGCUCACAUGAUUUGCCAGGAUUUAAAUAACAGUGUUGAUAAUCCAAAUCCCUCUGGAAAUAAACUCUUGAACCUUUUCACAGUUUGUAAAUCUCCUAAGAGGAGGAAGCAUUCUCAUCGCCAUGAUUUCUUUGUUCAGUAUCAAAACAACAGUUCUCAGGCAACAGACACAGGUUGUGUUAACAACCUGAGUACACCCCAUGCAGUCUUUGUGUUUGUUCUUGAGACAUUAGAGAGAGAGUAUGGAUUUCAAUGUGAAGUAAAAUGUUCCACUAAGGUACCCUGCUCUGGUGUAGCAGAAUCUGGUGUGUCUGGGAAAAACCAGGAUGUCAAAACAUCAGUGGUGCCCCAGCUUUCUGGGCAUAUCUAUGGUGCAGGUUGCAGUGACACUAGAAAUGAAGCAAGGAAAUCAGAGAGAGAAAAAAUAUAUGACCACGAGUUUUCAGCUGUUUGCAAAGCUUUUGAAAAUACGUGGACCCAUUGUAGAAGAGAACGGCGUAGGUCCCUUCAGCCUCAGAAACAAGACAAUGAAAACAACAAAAGUUUAAGCAAAGAUAAAUUAACUGAUCAAUUGUCAGAAGGAUGUGAAAAAUCAUCUUUUAAUCAGGGUGAGAAGUUUGCAAAUGCUCCUGUUGCCCAUCCUCUUCUUAGUUUUGAGUUGAAUGUAGGCAGCUUUCCUCACAAAGAGGUCAAAAAUGGCUGUACAGUUUUCAUGGAACAUAUUGAAAGUAAAGAAUCUCAGCUAUUUGGAAAUUUUUUCUCUGCUUUUAAGAAGUAUUUCUUGGGUUUAGUAAUGAGGUAAAAAGUUUGUCAGCAAGCAGAGUAUAAUAUAGAAAUAUGUACUAAAUAAUAUUAUAGAAACUAUGUAAAACAUUAAAUGAUUAUUUUUCUUAUUAUGGAAAUUAAAAUGUUUGACCACACUUGAAAUUUUAGAAAUUUGUACCCUUUCUUUCUCUGCAGUGCUCUAUGCAAGAUAUUCAGAUGAGAACUGCUCUU